AUGAGCUGGUCGAUAAAAAGAAGUCUAGGAGUAGAAAAUUUGCUGACCAUUCCAACACCGACAAUUGUCGAAUUCGUGGAAAGACUGCUUACUUCUUCCUCGUCGUCUUCGUCUACGUCUUCCAAAACCACAAAGUGCAGUGGAGCAAACUGUACCUCCAGUGUCUCAGACAACUCGUUAACUAUCGGACUAUGUGUUGGUAUUCCAGGUCUCUUGAUCGUUUUGGUCUUGAGUUAUUUCUUGUUCAAGAACUGGAGAAAGGAGAAGAAGGAAAUGAUGGAACAUGAUCCAGAUUUCGAUGAAACUGGUGAGGCCACUGCACUUCCAGACUUCCCAAGGAGCCAGAAGCAGUACGAGUUCGAAGAUCCGUUCCACAACAGGAACUCCAUAAGGUAUCCGAUUACCCAAUACAACAAGGAGCGCCCUUCGUCAUCUUCUGCCAGUCAGACGAGCCAUUACCAUCACAGCAAUGGAGGAGAUCCUUAUCUCGACAAUAUUGUGUUACCUUAUCAACAUGAAACCGGAUCGAAGGCAAGUUUGGACGAAUACGCUAAAAACAUCAGUGAAUAUCUGGCCUACGCCCUUAACCCUAGAGCUUCCACGUUUAUGAACAGUAAGACCAGAACUUCCACUCUCACCAACUCCAGCAACUUGGGUUCGUUUGGCCAUGGAAACAGAUCAACCGAGUUGUUGUCGGGAGCAGGAGCAGGAACCGGAGUAGGAGCAGGAGCAUUGACAGGAGCAGGAGCUGAGGCAACUUCAGCAGCAGUAGGAGGCAGCUUUUCUACAAGAGGAAACUCCAUCUCUCCCCAAAAGAAUAGAAAUUUUGUCGACAUAUCGAAGCAAUCCGAUGAGGCACCACCGAGCCCAACCAAGAACAAAUCGAAUUUCUACAGUUCUAUCCCUAACCAGUCGUCCACUUCGUUUAGCCAAGCCGAAUUCCAUAAUGCUAAGGAGUCAAUCCACACUAAUUCCGAUUUAGAAUCAGUAAGCGAUUCUGAUGGAGAGGCUCAUGAUACAAGUCAAGUAAACAAGUCCAAAAGCGAAUAUGAAGAUUCGACUACUGUGGACUCUUAUGACACUACUCGUGAAUUUACAGAAAGUACAGUUGGCGAAACCAUUGGUGAUACUACUGGCGACAGCGAUUCCAGCGACUACGAUGCUACAGGAAACGAUGACAGUUUCAUUCCACAUCCAAAUGUGGAUAACGAAGAAGAUGAUUUGAAUACUAUCCAAGAACAGAUUAGAAAUACAUCUCCUUUCAAAGAAAUUGCAACAGCUCCUUCAACUGGUUCAAAUUCAGCAAGAACGGGUGACGAUGAAGACGAAGAAGGGUUUGAAUUUUCGCAAGAUUCCGGGAAUAAUGAUACUGCUCCUACUAGUUUAAACGCCCAUCAUGAGAAUUUGCUGUCUACAUCAAAUGAUAAAUUGUUGACAACCACUGCAUCCUCAAACAAUAAAAUCAAUCAUAAAUCGGUUCGUAUUUCAGAUUUUAAUUUGUUAAAGAAUGACAGUGACGAUGAAGAAGAGGGAGAUAAGGCAUUAACUGAAGAGCAAGAAGAAGAGUUGAAAAGAAUGAAAUCUGUCUACAAAGUUUACUUCGACCGUUCUAAAUCGAUGAAGAUUGUAGGUGAAGAUGGAGAAGUAACUGAAACAGAUGGAAAGACUCCAUUUACUCAUGAUGAACUGCAGCCUAUCCCAGAAUUACCGCAUAAAAUGGAUCACUUAAUGAUUAACAGAGAUUUGAGUUCCAAUACUAAUUAUGAUAAGAGGAACACGACCACCUCUUCAAUUUAUACUGAGAACCCAUUAUUCAGUAAGGACGAACAGCAGUUUAUUCAACAACAGCAGAUCUAUUCAGAGAAUCCUCAAUACAGCUAUGAACAACAGUAUGUUCAACAGCCGCAAUAUUAUCAACCCCAUUAUGAACAACAACCGGAACAACCAGCUCAGCACUAUGAGUUGCCUCCUCUUCAACAACUUCCACCUCCAUCAGAUUUCCGUAAGUCUACAAUCCAGUCAUUUACGGAUUUUCAACCUAGACCUAAAAACCAAUUGACGAACUCACCAUCUAUUUCCAAACUACCAUUCGUGCCUAUUGAGAAUGCAAAUGUUUGGAAAAACUCACCAGGGUCUCCCGUAAACAGUACCCAUGCAUUCCCUAACGACGCCUCCACAUCUCCACAAUUGGGCAAACAGAAUUCAGUUCCAUCAGCAACACAAUUAUCUAGGUCCUCAGUUGUCAUGCUUAAUCCGGUAACUGAGAUCACUCUGCAAAGGAAGUUCAAACCUGCUGGUUCUCUCGGUGGAAACACUCCGAACGGAAGCGCUACCUCUUUGACUACACAAUCAAUAAGGAACCAACAGUAUGUUAACAUGCAUCAACAAACUUACCAACAUCAAGGGCAUCAACCUCCAUCUCCAUUGUCUCCUCAGAGUAAUGACUUGAUUCCUGAUGGAAGAAACGAUGUUAGAAGAAUGAUGAACCAAAACUUUUGA